UAGUAGUCUGUGUAAGACAUGGAGGGGGAGAGGAAUGACAUCAACGUGCAGAGGUCAGACGAGAUCCUCAUGCCGGGUUUCCGGUUCCAUCCCACCGACGAAGAGCUGGUGAGUUUCUACCUCAGGAGGAAGAUCCAGCAGAAGCCUAUCUCCAUCGAGCUUAUCAGGCAGCUGGACAUCUACAAGUAUGACCCAUGGGAUCUCCCAAAGCUUGCGAGCACCGGUGAGAAAGAGUGGUACUUCUACUGCCCAAGGGAUCGGAAGUACCGCAACAGCGUGAGGCCGAACCGAGUCACAGCGGCCGGGUUCUGGAAGGCCACAGGGACGGACAGGCCAAUCUACUCGUCCGAGGGCACCAAGUGCGUGGGCCUCAAGAAGUCCCUCGUGUUCUACAGAGGGAGAGCGGCGAGAGGGAUGAAAACUGACUGGAUGAUGCACGAGUUCAGGCUCCCCUCGCUCACCGACCCCAAGCGUCCGGUCGACAAGACCAUUCCACUCAACGACUCCUGGACUAUCUGUAGGAUCUUCAAGAAGACCAGUUCCAUGGCGCAGCGAGCGCUGUCGCAUACCUGGGGGCCUCCACUGCCUGGUGCAACAGCAGAGGCAGACAUGUUCGCCGCGCUGCAGUCAGUGCAGGCUUCAGAGUUAGCUCUCGAGAGAUCGCUGUCACUGCAAGCAGCGCCGCCUGCACCCGCCGCAGGCCAGUUCACGAGCACGCAUGGCCUGCAUAGUCAGCACCACCACCAGCAGCAGAAGGGUGUCAACAACCCAUCUCUGGACGGCGCCUCUUGCAGGCUCAUCAACUUCACCAGCAGCCCCUCCGAGGAGCCCGAGAAUUUCCCAAUCACCUUCCCUUUCGAAGUGCAGGCACCGCACAGGGCUGCAGCGCCAGUCUUCUUCGGCGCGCACCCUGACAAUCGCCUCGGUGGAUUCGUGGUCGAUUCUUCUGCCGACGUCAGUGGCUGCAUCGGCGGCAGGAGCCAGGACUCGUCCACCGGGAAGCCUAGCAGUGGCUUCAGCGCCAACAGCAGCGACUGGGAAACUGCGGGGAGGAUCAACUUCCCUUUUGAUCUGGGUGCGGAUUCUUCGGAGGAGUGGAGAUGCAGCAUACCCUGGGAGUCCUUCCUCAGCCCAGCUGCUGUCCAGGCUGAGCUGCCACGCUAGGGCUGCGGACUGCGGCUGUUAGCAGUUGCAUUGUGCACUACGUACUAUCUCAUAGGUCACGUUACAUGUACAGUCUAUAGCUGGUGUGAGUGUGAGCUUCCUUCAUCUGUUAGCAUUCCUGUUAGCUGCCGAGACAUGUUUUUGUUCAGUUUUGGUUAGGAGUGCCGUGUACAUACC